AUUCCACUGCCCACAUGAGCUGCUUCUAUAAAUUUGAAAUCUUUCCCUCGCACUCUCAUCAAACCACUAGCUUUAAACUUAAGAGAGAGAAGGAGAGAUCUAGAGAGAGAGAGAGAUGGAAGGUUCAUUUUCUAACCAUUUUCUGGCAACCCUUCUCAUUCUGCUUGCCUUCACCUCUUACACAAGCUCAGCUGCACGUGUAACAGCCCAAGAAACAAGCAAUGAGUUCAUCAGAACAUCUUGCACUUCAACAACUUACCCAAAACUUUGCUACACCUCACUCUCAACCCAUGCAAGUGUCAUCCAAACAAGCGCCAAACUUCUAGCCCACACAGCCCUCUCUGUGACACUCCACACCGCCCGGUCCACCUCCGCGGUGAUGUUAAAGCUGUCAAAGAGCCACGGCAUGAAGCCGAGGGAGGCUGCCGCCAUGAGUGACUGCAUUGAAGAAUUAAGUGACUCGGUGGACCAACUGAGAAGAUCUCUAGGGGAGAUGAAAAAACUCAAGGGCUCAAACUUUGAGCUCAUGAUGAGUGACAUACAAACCUGGGUUAGUGCCGCUAUGACGGACGACGACACGUGCACCACAGGCUUUGCCGGAAAUGCCAUGAACGGGAAAUUGAAGACUGUUGUGAGGGGCAAAAUUGUGAACAUUGCGCAUUUGACUAGCAAUGCAUUGGCUUUGAUAAACAGUUAUGCUUCUCUCCAUAGCUAACCCAUGUCAAGUCGGAUCUAGAUAUUAUAACUAAUAAAUAAGUAUCAUCAAUUGAUCACUAUGUGAGGAUUGCUCCUUCAAUCCAAAGUGAUAUUUGUAUAAAUUAUAAUUGUACUGAAUUAGUGAAAUUGUGUGCAUGUAUUUUGACUA